CUCUCCUCCCCCACAUUACCCCCGCUCCUUCACCACAUUUAACGCCUUCGCCUCAAAACGGCAGCCGCAUGACCUCCUCCUCUUCACUCCCAAGAACUCGCACCACCACCACCCCGGCGGCGGCGUAGCGGUAAGCUUGAACCGGCGGGCGCAAGAGGAGGCGAGAAAGGGCGGAGGCGGGAGCCCACCGGAGGGAGAGAUGGGCAACUGCCAGGCGGCGGAGGCGGCGGCGGUCGUCAUCCAGCACCCCGGCGGGAAGGUGGAGCGGCUGUACUGGCCCACCACCGCCGCCGACGUCAUGCGGACCAACCCGGGCCACUACGUCGCCCUCGUCAUCCUCCGCAUCUCCGCGGAUAAGGCGGCGGCCGGUGACGCCCCGGCAGCAGCAGCGGCCUCCGCCGGCGCGGGGGGCAAGGACAAACCUGCCGCCGGAGGAGGCGGAGGCGGCGGCGCCAAGAUCACCAGGGUCAAGCUCCUCAAGCCCAAGGACACGCUGCUCCUCGGCCAGGUCUACCGCCUCAUCACCUCGCAAGAGGUGACGAAGGCGCUGCGGGCGAGGAAGAACGAGAAGAUGCGGCGGUGCGAGGCCAUCAGGCAGCAGCACGAGCAGCUCCGGCGCGGCGACCCGCUCGCCGACGUAGCCGAGGAGGAGGAGAGCGCCUGCGACGAUCAGGACGGGAAGAGGGAGACGAAGGACCGGCACCGGAGCACCGGCGCGCCGGCGGCGGUGGGCGGCAGAGGCCGGCACUGGCGGCCGUCGCUGCAGAGCAUCUCCGAGGCCGCCGGCCAGAGCGGCGGCGGCGGCAGCAGCAGCAGCAUCUCUGAAUCCGCCGCAAGCUGAUUCCCUGUUUGUGCUGUACCAUCUGGUUUUCUUUUCUUCUUUUGGUUUCUUGUUUUUAUUUUUCUUUCCUUUUAUUCCUUAGUAUAAAGUGCUUGGAAGUUGGAAUUACCUCCAAAAAAAAAGCAGAAAAAAUUGUAAAUCAGAGUAUUCAGAGCAGGAUCAAUAGGAAGGAAGCUUGUUUCAUCUCUCA